AUGUCGGCGAGUUUCCGCCGCUUUCCCGGGUCGCGCCCCCUGGUGGCCCCUGCGGGGAUCGCGCGAAACCGGCGGGACUCGCCCGAGGCCUCUAUCCUCGCGGACCUCAGCUACUGCCAUGCCAAAGGCAUCGCGCACCGGGAUGUGAGGCCCAAGAACAUUCUGCUGACCGGAGAGGGAAAAGUCAAACUGGCGGACUUUGAGCUCAGCAUCCAGGACUUCACCCGGGCGCUGAGCACGUGCUGCUGUCGCCCAGAAUACAGCGCCCCCGAGCCGGGCUCCAAGCAGCAGCUGGUCUCCAAGGCGGUUAAUUUUGACACGCUGCCGGAGAUCACCCAAUUCCACCCCAUUCAGGACAUUCUGCAGGUGCUGGUGUCUGACCUUAACCACUCCAAUGGGGUAGCGCUCCCCCCAUUGGACAAGAGGAAGGGGACACGGAGCUUUGGGUCUCCAGCUGCAUUGGGUGGCGUCUCAUUGUUUCUUCUGUCUGUCCAAUCCCAUCAGAACAUGGAGGCGACCAGCUCGCUCCAAAUGGAGCAGAACACCAAGAGCGAGCUGGCCAUGAAACUCGGCCAGCUACAGGAGAAGCUGGUAGAGCUGAAGGAGAUGGUAAGCCCUAAACAUGAAGAGGCUCAGGAGCUGCAGCAGCAAUGGGACCAGUACCUUAGUCACCUUCAGCAGUACAUGGCUGCCUACCAGCAGCUCAUGGUCGCCUACCGGCAGCUGGCCAACGAGAAGGAUGUCCCGCAGAAGCAGGUGCUGCUUGACACCCAGCUUGUCAACUGGGUGCAGCACGAAGAAGAGCAGGGCAAGAUGGAGGUCGAGUUGGCCCACCAAGAGCUGCUGGAAACACAGGGCCACCUGGAGGCUGCCAGCAAGCAGAACCAGCAGCUGCAGUCCCCAUUGAACCUCAUGGCUCGGACUGGAGAAAUAAAUGGACUGAACAGUGAGGAGGAGGAAGAAGAGGAGGACAAGGGUCCCCUGCCAAAACUAAGCAUCCUGGAUGACCUAGACAGCCAUGAGGCCAUGGUGAUGGCAUUUUGUAACUCGGUCUUGGCCAGUGCUGAGGAAGAACAGGCGCGGCUGCACAGGCAGCUAAAGGAGCAAAAGCUGCUCUGCUGGUGCCUGGCUCAGCAGGCAGCCCCAUGGGACCAAAAGCCCAAAAAGAUGGAGGCCCUAGCCCCGGGGCCCCGGGGGGAAAGUGUGCCUGGGGAGACCCACCAGGCCCUUCAGGGAGCCAUGGAGAAACUGCAGAGAUGCUUUACAGAGCUCAUGCAGGAGAAAGUGGGCUUACAGGACUGGAUGGAGGAGCUGGAGCAUCGAUGUAUCCCGAUGUCUGGAGAGACUGACACCAUCGGAGAAUACAUCGCUCUCUACCAGAACCAGAGAGCAGUGAUGAGGGAGGAGCACCAAGAGAGGGAGAAGUCCAUAAGCCAGCUGGCCCAGGACAAAGAGGAGAUGAAGGUGAAGCUGUUAGAGCUGCAAGAGCUGAGUUUGUGACUGGUGGAGGCACGCAACGAAUGGUGGGUGACCCCUGCCCAGAACCCUGCUGCUGAGCCCACUAGCGCAUGCCUAGUCCCCAAGAAGCUUGGCACUGCCAACGUGAGCCUUGUCCACGAUGUGCAGCCGACCCAGGGCGAGGCCCAGCUGGGCCUGACUCCCCUUGAGAACGCCUCUGCGCGGCAGGUCGUUCAGCUGCUUCAAGAAAUGCAGAACCCCCAGGAAGUCGUCACCAUUGGAAACAGCCCAUGCCUUCCCUUCUUCUACCAGGCUGACGACAAUGAGGUGAAGAUAAUGGUGGUCUAG